GAGGUCAAGUCGAGAUUGGCACAGCUUGGGCAUUCCCAAAAACUUGCAAAUUUCAAAAAAAUAUUGAGAGGCCGCCAAGUGGCAGUCACGUCACAUGCUUAAAGGGUUCCUGCGGCACAAAUCAAUCCAGCCACUAACUCCACCGUCUCCAACCUUACGCGCUUCCAACAUGACCUCUCAAGAACAAAAUGAUUGGCAACCAGAACUCACGGACGAACAGAUAUUAGCAUUUGAGCAAAAAAUUAAGGACGAAGAAGCUGAAAAGAUACCUUUAGUCUGCCAGAAAGAAUCUAUUGAUGCAUUGGAAAAAGAGUUUCAAGAUAAUAAGCCAUUUCUCGAAAAAGUGCAGAAAUUGAAAGAGACGAACGAUGAGUUGCGUAAAUGCCGUGGUGAUGGCAACUGCUUUUUCAGAGCAUUUGCAUUUGCAUGGUUCGAGAGUUUGAUGCGAAAUCCACACAUUUUCAAAGCAGGCGUCGAAAAACUGAAGUCUACAACCGAACUCUUGUUAAGCGGAGGCUUUCAAGAGCUUGCAUUUGAAGACUUUUACGACGUCACGCUAAACCAACUCGAACAGAUACCAGACAGCGACCCUGAUCUGCUUCUCGUCAACUUCCAAACUGAAGAGAUCAGCAACUCUAUCGUUAUGCAUUUACGAUUUGUCACUUCUGCUUACCUCAAAAUUCACUCUGCCGAAUAUGAACCAUUUUUGAUCGUUGAGUCAAUCUCCAUCGACCAGUUCUGUGCACAGGAGGUUGAGGCAUUCGGACGUGAAAGCGACCAUUUACAGAUAACUGCCUUGACGAAGGCACUUGAUGUUCCAGUCGAAGUAUUAUACUUGGACGGUAGCUCCGGCGAUCAUGUAGCUGUACAUGAAUUUUGGCCGGAUGAAGCGUCCAAAGGGAGCCGAAAAGCGCUACAGUUGAUAUACAGACCAGGUCACUACGAUAUCUUAUAUCGAAAGGAAUAAACCUGAUUAC